AUGGUAACGGCAACAAUCAACGAACAAAAGAAUAUUGUUUUCAUUGGUGCAUCCUGUGCAGCUAUUGGUGCAUCAUUAGAUUGGUGCCAAAACCAUGACGAAAACUACAGAAUGAUUUUGAUUGAAGCAAAGAGUCAUUUCAAUCAUGUGUUCUGUUUCCCCCGUGCUGCGGUCGUUGGCGGGUUUGAAGAAGAAUUAUUUGUUCCUUAUGAUAACCUUUUCGACGGUGAUGAUACAAUUGGUAAAGUGAUUCAAGCUCGUGCCACUGCUAUUCAUGAAGAUUACGUUGAGCUGGACCGAGAAGUUCCCGGUUUUGGAAAUAAGGUCGAAUAUGCCUACCUUGUUUAUUCUGCUGGUACUCGUAUUCCUGAACCUGGACGCUUCAAAGAGGAAUCGAAAGAGGAAUGCAUUGCAAGAUUGAAACAGCAUCAAAAAUUGAUUGCAGAAGCUGAGAGCCCAAUUGUUAUUGGCGCUGGCGCUGUAGGCUUGGAACUCGCUUCUGAAAUUAAGGAAUUCUAUCCUGAGAAGAAUGUCACAUUGGUUCACUCUAGAAAUAGAUAUUUGCCUAAAUUCAAAGUUAGUGUAGACGUGAUGACCUAUAACAUUCUUAAGAAGAAAGGUAUCAAGCAGGUUUUGGGUGAUCGUGUAAGACUACCACCUGGAGGUUAUCCCCAAGAAGUGGGCCCAGUUGAAGUGCACACACUCGGCGGAAAAGUAAUCCAUGGUGAUCUUGCUAUCAUGUGCAUCGGUAUGACACCAAAUAACGCCUUAUUAGCUGAACUAGCGCCAGACUGCAUCAAUAAAAAGACCGGGCUAGUCAGAAUUAAACCUACAAUGCAAAUCGAAGAUGAUCGCUUCCCUAACAUAUUUGCAGCGGGUGAUGUGUGCGAGCAUACUGAUUGCAAGAAUGGUCAUUCUGCAUGGAUGCAAGCCAUUGCUGCUCUAACAAAUAUCAGAAAAAUGAUUGAAGGGGCUCCAUUAGAACCUUAUAGGAGCAGGAAUACGGCAAAUAUCAGGCUCGUUCUCGGCAAGAAGGAUGCAAUCAUACAAACAGAUAUGCUUGGUCCUUCUAUCGCUGUAGGCUCUUGGAUAGCAGGUAGGAACAUUCCUUACAAUGUCCACGCCGCAAUGUCUUGGUUCUGGUUGAAGAAUGAUCUCCGGGCAGUAGCAGCCAAGUCAAUCAAACCAUAUUAA